AUGGGUCUCCGUAUGUUGUUCAAUAUUACAGGAUUACACGACCUUGAAGCUACAAAUUACUCCCAUCAGAAGGAAUUCCAACUCCGGGAGCUGAUCUUCAUGAAAAAUUCUUACCAGAAACAAACCCGACCGGUUGCGACAGUAGAUGUCAAUGUCUCUCUCAGUGUCAUCACUUUUAACUCCCUGGAUGUUCGGGACCAGCUUUUAACCACCACUGGUUACUUCAGAAUGGCUUGGAUUGACAAAAGACUAGACUGGAGUCAGAACCCAAAGUUUAGUUCUGAUAUCAUGGCUAUACAUACGGAUGAGGAAACAAUAUGGCGGCCGGCUCUAAUAUUAGACAAUUCUGUGAGCGACAUGUCUGUCAUGAGUGAUACUUCCAUACCGAUCCGGCUGUUGUAUGACGGCAGUAUCUUGUGGACCCCGUCUGGAAUAUACAAAACAGUAUGUGAGACUGACGUCACAUUCUAUCCAUUUGAUACUCAAGUCUGUGAAAUCACUGUAAGGCCAUUUGGAUACACUUCAUUCGAGAUCAUGUUAAACAGUUCACCAUUAGCCAUCGAUAAUUUAAAGAAAAAUGGAGAGUGGGAAUAUAUCUCAUCUUCAACGAGAUCCACACUGAAAGGGAAAGGAAAGAACACCUUUUCAACUGUGAGUUUUAUUUUUAUAUUGAAACGUCGACCAAUGUACCAUGUACUCAACACACUGACCCCUACAAUACUGCUGGCGUUUCUGAGCUGUAUGGCGUUCAAACUUCCCGCCGAAUCUGGAGAGAGAAUUGGGUACUCACUGACGGUUCUGUUGUCGUAUGCCGUGUAUCUGACUCUAGUGGCUGAGGACAUACCAGCGACAUAUGUCACUACUCCACUAUUGUCGUUGUAUCUCUUAUUCAUCCUUACACUGGGAAUGUUAUCUGUCAUCUUAACAAUCAUGGUACUGGAAUGUCACCAUACAGAUCAGCAAGCGGAAGUACCUAAAUGGGUGAUGCUGACGGUCGAUUUCCUGCUGAUACUGAGCCUUCAAAUGCAAAAGAGACAUUCACAUUUCUGCCGCUGUUCGUUUGUUAAAACCAGAAAUACCAUGGACGCGUCUAAAGAGGUAUCAAACAACCUAAAGAAGGACACACAAGGAAAAGCCAUCGUACAAGAAUUGGAAGGCAGUUAUGCCAUUGAAUCUUGCACGUGGAUUGAAAUCGGACGGCUGCUGGAUAAAAGCUUCCUUAGACUUUUCUUGUUCAUUGUUUUCAUCGUAACCUGCACGUUCAUUACUGCGCUGUAUAUUGGCUAUAAUACACCUGUUUUAUAUCCUGAUAUAGCACAGAGUGAACCUUGA